CGGCGGCGACCGCGGCGCACCGGGCUGAGACGGUGGCAGCGCCGCAGCCGGGGUCGGAGCGCAGGAGCCGACGGCGCCCGGCCGGGAUGGUGCAGCGGCGGCUCCUCGGCGCACACACGCACUGAGUGGGCCCAAGCUGGGCCCCGCGCCCCCCGCGCCCCCCGCCGCCCCGAUCCCGGCCGGCAUGAUGUGCCUGGAAUGCGCCUCGGCGGCGGCGGGCGGCGCGGAGGAGGAGGAGGCGGACGCGGAGCGGCGGCGCCGGCGCCGGGGGGCGCAGCGAGGGGCCGGCGGUGGCGGUUGCUGCGGGGCGCGGGCAGCGGGCGCCGCUGGAGUGGCGACCGCCGACGAUGAGGUGCAGACGCUGUCGGGCAGCGUGAGACGGGCCCCUUCCGCACCCCCCAGCACCCCCAGCACCCCCAGCGGCGCAGCCGCUGCCAAGGGCCUCGGCGCUCAGCAGCCCAAACCAGCCAGCUUGGGCCGCGGGCGGGGGGCAGCCGCUGCCAUCCUCAGCUUGGGCAACGUGCUCAACUACCUGGACAGGUACACCGUAGCAGGUGUCCUUCUGGAUAUCCAGCAGCACUUUGGGGUCAAGGACCGAGGCGCCGGCUUGCUGCAGUCAGCAUUUAUCUGCAGCUUCAUGGUGGCUGCCCCCAUCUUUGGCUACCUGGGUGACCGCUUCAACAGGAGAGUGAUCCUCAGCUGUGGGAUUUUCUUCUGGUCGGCUGUCACGUUCUCCAGCUCCUUCAUCCCGCAGCAGCACUUCUGGCUGCUGGUCCUGUCCCGCGGGCUGGUGGGCAUCGGUGAGGCCAGCUACUCCACCAUCGCGCCCACCAUCAUCGGCGACCUCUUCACCAAGAACACACGCACACUCAUGCUGUCUGUCUUCUACUUCGCCAUCCCUCUGGGCAGCGGCCUGGGCUACAUCACCGGCUCCAGCGUGAAGCAGGCGGCCGGAGACUGGCACUGGGCCUUGCGGGUGUCCCCCAUCCUGGGCAUGAUCACAGGAACGCUCAUCCUCGUCCUGGUCCCGGCCACUAAGAGAGGCCAUGCUGACCAGCUCGGGGGGCAGCUCAAGGCCCGGACGUCAUGGCUCCGAGACAUGAAGGCCCUGAUCCGCAACCGCAGCUACGUCUUCUCCUCCCUGGCCACGUCGGCCGUGUCCUUCGCCACAGGGGCCCUGGGCAUGUGGAUCCCGCUCUACCUGCACCGCGCCCAAGUCGUGCAGAAGGCGGCGGAGACGUGCAGCAGCCCGCCCUGUGCGGCCAAGGACAGCCUCAUCUUCGGGGCCAUCACCUGCUUUACGGGUUUUCUCGGCGUGGUCACGGGCGCAGGAGCCACACGCUGGUGCCGCCUGCGGACGCAGCGGGCUGACCCGCUGGUGUGCGCUGUGGGGAUGCUGGGCUCCGCCAUCUUUAUCUGCCUCAUCUUCGUGGCGGCCAAGAGCAGCAUCGUGGGGGCCUAUAUCUGCAUUUUUGUAGGGGAGACGCUGCUGUUUUCUAACUGGGCCAUCACAGCGGACAUCCUCAUGUAUGUGGUCAUCCCCACCAGACGGGCCACCGCCGUUGCCCUGCAGAGCUUCACCUCCCACCUGCUGGGGGAUGCCGGAAGCCCCUACCUCAUCGGCUUUAUCUCCGACCUGAUCCGCCAGAGCACCAAGGACUCCCCGCUCUGGGAGUUCCUGAGCCUGGGCUACGCCCUCAUGCUCUGCCCCUUCGUCGUGGUCCUGGGUGGCAUGUUCUUCCUGGCCACCGCGCUCUUCUUCCUCAGCGACCGCGCCAAGGCUGAGCAGCAGGUGAACCAGCUGGUGAUGCCGUGUGCAUCUGUGAAAGUCUGAGGCAGUGCUACUGGGAUAAUGAAGAACCCUGGCUCCUACCUAGUCUGGGAGGUGUCCCCCGACGCCCUGGCCCCGUAGGGCUGUCCCGAAGCUUUCCAUGUGACCCACAGCUGGGUGCCCACCGGCUCUGGUCUGGGACUGCUGAGUGGCCUUGGCUCCAAGAAGCUGUGUCCUCAACUAACCUGGAAG